AUGCCGACUCCAUCCUCCAAUCCGCCUCCUGAUCAAUCCUCUCCGCCCCCCUACGGCUUCUCGACAUGUCCUGAAGAUCAACCACAUCCCUCACGAGCUGCUCGUCAGACACAAGACGGAGCGCGACCGACGUCGGACACAGAAGUCAGUCAGAGCUCGUCGACAAGCAUUGCCUCACCUACAGCCCAUUCGUCCGAGACUUCUCACGACGAUCUAGCCGCAGAAGAGUCGGUGUUAAUAGACGGCCAAACUUCUGCUGGAGCUUCGCCCAUGGAUACUUCAGCAUCUCUGCGGCCGCUAUCUAGCGGGACGGUUGCGACCUCUCCCAUAUCGAGUGAACGAGACGAUGACCUCAAACACCAAGGAGUCGACCCAAGCGGUCGCUUAAGCCGAGAGUCGUCCACCUUGUCGGGGACCCUGCAGGUCGACAACUCGGACUCGUACCAGCGUGAGCCCGACUCAUUGGAAUGGCUCGAGCAGGAAGAUGAAUACAACGCCCCGCCCAUGCCAUCUGACUGCACAUAUAUAAGGAAAAUUCCCAUCUCUGCGUCAUCAUUCCUCCGACCUGGAAGCAAGUUCCGCGGCACACAGCAAUCUGAAAGACAGGUCUACGAAGUCCAGGUCGAGAUCAAGCAUGUUGACCUGCGCGAAUCCUUCCUCUGCGGUUACUUGCGCAUCCAAGGACUGACCGAGGACCACCCGACACUCACCACCUAUUUCGAGGGAGAAAUCAUCGGCACAAAGUACAACUUCUUCACCAAGCACGAUGACUGGGGCGCAAACUACAAAGUGGACAUUAGCCACUGGUCCAAGUUUAGCGCUUUCCGGCCGUACCAGAAGAUAGCCCGCAAGGGUCCCAUCACCAUCACUGACCUGGCACAAAGAGAUCACAUUUUCAUGCGGUGGAAGGAGCAUUUCUUAGUUCCAGACCACCGAGUGCGAACAAUAAUUGGAGCUUCUUUUGAAGGCUUCUAUUACAUUUGUUUCAACCAAGUCAAGGGAGAAAUAAGUGGAAUCUAUUUUCACUCCAAGAGCGAAAAGUUCCAACAGCUGGAGUUGAAGCAUGUCCCCGACCGAGGAUGUUUCAGUGCCAUGGAGUUUCGGUAA